AUGAAGAUUGUCUGGAGAAUUCUGUUGGAUGGUUCUGUUACAGUUGGUUCUCAUCCUAUCCAAAAACACUUUGGAUUGAGUCAUCUUAAUAUCUGCAAGAAAGACAAUCAGAUAAAGGCCCUAAUCAUGUCUAACCCCUGGAAAAGACAUUUGCCUUUUACACGAAUCCUGUUGCGUCCUUGGCUUAGUGAGAAUGGGGCAGAAUACAAUAACUGUACAUGUGGCUGACAGAUACAAUUCAAAAAUUUUCACAGGCUCAUUGUGGACAUCAUCCUAAUGAUUAAAGUAUGCAGACGUUUCCGCACUGGACUGAAAGGACUGUCAGGUUUUCACCUGAUAGAGAAAGAUUGUCGUGGAGAAAUUGAAGAGGACAUGAAAGGCUCCAAUAUUAUUUUUAAUCGACAUGAAUUCAGCGUUUCAAAGGAACAUUUUCCUUUUAGAGCAAUCCAAAUAACUAAGAAGCCGCCAUCGUGGAGGACCGAAUCAGAAAUAAACUACUUGCGAAACCGCUUGCAUUUUUUAGAAAGUUUCCGACAAUAUAGCCCAACACUGCAGUACCUUUUGGCCAAAGUGAUUCGCUUUGAACGAUUUGGCCGCAGAAGAGUGGUCAUAAAAAAGGGGCAUCAAGCAGCCGCCUUUUACUUCAUUUAUUUUGGUACAGUUGCUGUCACAGAUGAUGAGGAUGGUAGCUCUGCCUUUGUGGAAGCAGCUCCAAUUACAAUUCAUAGGGGUGCUUCUUUUGGGGAAAUUGCCCUUUUGCAAAAAACAAGAAGAAUUGCCACUAUUGUCUGUAUGGAGGAAACGGAAUUGCUGGUGGUGGAUAAAAAGGAUUUUUUUGCCUUUAAACUGGAUAAGGAGCUUCAACGUGAAUUCAAAAUCCGCUAUGAUUAUUUGAGGAAUCUAGACCUUUUUGAAACACUGCCUGAUUCUUCAAUAGAUAAAAUAGCUAAUUUCUGCAAAAUUGAGAGAUUCCAUUUUGGACAGGUGAUUAGCACUGACUUUGCGGAAACUUGCUGUAUGUUAUUUAUUACCAAGGGCAUUUGUGAAGUACUGCGACUAAUUAACCUCAACACUUGUCCAUCUUAUCAAAAAUGGAUCGCUAAACAGCUGCAUUUCCCCAAACACAAAGUAUCCGUAAAAGAAAGGCAGAAAAUGAAUGCUGCAAUUGCCUGUGUUGAUAGAUUCAAAAGCACCAUGUGGGCCUCUUACUCUGGACACCAAUUGAGGAACCUGAAGAACUAUUACAUACAGCAAAAUAUUUCAUCUAGUGAAAGCUGUGACAAGCAGAUCUGUCAUUCGAAUAAGAAUUGUAGAAGUUUAGUGAUAAAUAUGCAGAAAAGUGAUGAAAGCCUCCUACCUGAGCCACUGCAACCUGAUGAACAAGAGAGCGUGCAGAACAUUGUAUCAGGGGAAAUCAGACAGAGAUCCACAUACUCUACAGCCUAUGGAGAAUUGCCAGAUUCUGUUGCUGCAGCUGUAUAUAUCCGACUAGAUCAGCUACAUAAAGGAGACUACAUAAUGAAUCUGGAAGACAAUCGUGUCAUCAUUUUGGUCAGUCAAGGAGCUGAGAUCAUCCAAGUGAAAAAAGAAAAGAUUGAGUCAUGGGCUGAUGACGUUACUACCAUGAAAUUGAACAAACUGAAGAUUAAAUAUCCCAGUGAUGAUGAGCUGUGUCAGGUCUUCCUUCGACAGAACGCCUGGGAGAUGUUUAAGAAAGAUCUAUUGAAACUUGUGAUGCAGCGGAAACUCAUGAAGAUGGUACGUCCUCCACAUCCAUGCCCUACAGCUGAAGUCUAUGAUUCUUGGAGUUUGAAUCAAGAAGGAAUCUUGGAUCUUUCUCCUUUAUGCAACAGAAUGCCAUGUCCGCCAGAUAGACACAAAUAUGUCCCUGCUCGAUUAACCCAUAUAAAAGAAAGUCUACCAGAUAUUCAACCAAAAUUGGUUCAUGGCAUCUCAGUAGUGCGUCCCAAUUUGGAUGGAGCAUUUUAGCAGCGUCAGGGUUUUGGAUGUAUAAGUUAGUAACAUAGGUGCAGUUCUAAAAGACUGAAGGAUGAUACUGCUAAUGUCUUUAUGGC